AAGUAAACCUUACUCUUCGCUUAUCUUCAACCUUUGUCACCACGAAACACUCUGCUCUCUGGAACUAGGGUUUUCCUCCACUCUCCACUCUUUUUCCCCGGAGCAGGUGUAUAACUCCUCCUCCUACAUCUUUCAUUUCCGAUUACCUGCUCUCUUUUUUAUAAUUUUUUGCAAAGGAAAUGGCUUUCUCCACCGCCCAAAUCCAUGUCCUUGGUGGAAUUGGGUUUCCUUCUACAAGAAAAUCCAACUGUAAUUCACCUAGGACUGUCUUCUUCGGCAAUAGAAUUGGGAAAGUGUCGCCUGCGUUCUUUAGGCUGUCGAAGAACAACGCGGGUAGGCGGGUGGGACCCUUGAGGGUGGUGAACGAGAAGGUGGUCGGAAUCGAUCUGGGGACAACCAAUUCUGCCGUGGCGGCAAUGGAGGGUGGGAAGCCUACUAUUGUUACCAACGCCGAAGGGCAGAGGACAACCCCUUCUGUGGUGGCGUACACUAAGAAUGGGGACAGAUUGGUUGGACAGAUUGCGAAACGCCAGGCGGUGGUUAACCCCGAGAACACCUUUUUCUCGGUGAAGAGGUUUAUCGGGAGGAAGAUGUCGGAGGUAGACGAAGAAUCCAAGCAGGUUUCAUAUAAGGUCAUCAGGGAUGAAAACGGGAAUGUUAAGCUUGAUUGCCCAGCUAUUGGCAAGCAGUUUGCACCGGAGGAGAUUUCGGCUCAGGUUUUGAGAAAGCUUGUAGAUGAUGCUUCAAAGUUUCUGAAUGAUAAAGUAACUAAGGCUGUUGUUACUGUCCCUGCGUAUUUCAAUGACUCCCAAAGGACUGCAACAAAGGAUGCUGGCCGUAUUGCUGGGUUGGAAGUUCUUCGUAUCAUCAAUGAGCCUACUGCUGCCUCUUUGGCAUAUGGUUUUGAGAGGAAGAAUAACGAAACCAUCCUUGUUUUUGACCUUGGUGGUGGUACAUUUGAUGUUUCAGUGCUUGAGGUUGGUGAUGGAGUGUUUGAAGUGCUCUCUACCUCUGGUGAUACACAUUUGGGUGGUGAUGACUUUGAUAAGAGAGUUGUUGAUUGGCUUGCACAAAAUUUUAAGAGAGAUGAAGGCAUAGAUCUCUUGAAAGAUAAACAAGCUCUUCAGAGAUUAACUGAGACAGCUGAAAAAGCUAAAAUAGAGUUGUCUUCUCUGACUCAAACAAACAUUAGUUUGCCUUUCAUUACUGCCACUGCAGAAGGUCCUAAACACAUUGAAACCACCAUUACAAGAGUCAAGUUUGAGGAAUUAUGUUCAGACUUGCUUGACAGGCUUAAAACACCAGUGGAAAAUUCUUUGAGGGAUGCAAAACUUUCUUUCAAAGAUAUAGAUGAGGUGAUUCUGGUUGGUGGAUCAACACGUAUCCCUGCAGUUCAGGAGCUUGUAAAGAAGAUGACUAGCAAGGAGCCCAAUGUCUCUGUCAAUCCAGAUGAAGUUGUUGCUCUUGGAGCUGCUGUUCAGGCUGGUGUUUUAUCUGGGGAUGUUAGUGACAUUGUGCUGUUGGACGUGACUCCACUCUCGCUUGGUCUGGAAACUCUUGGUGGUGUAAUGACCAAAAUUAUUCCCAGGAAUACUACAUUGCCCACAUCCAAAUCUGAGGUAUUCUCAACAGCUGCUGAUGGACAGACAAGUGUUGAGAUUAAUGUACUCCAAGGUGAGAGAGAGUUUGUUAGGGACAACAAAUCUCUUGGCAGUUUCCGGUUGGAUGGCAUCCCUCCAGCUCCCCGUGGUGUUCCCCAAAUUGAAGUCAAGUUUGACAUCGAUGCAAACGGCAUUCUUUCAGUAACUGCUGUCGAUAAAGGCACUGGGAAGAAGCAGGACAUCACAAUUACUGGGGCUAGUACCUUGCCAAGUGAUGAGGUUGAGAGAAUGGUGAAGGAAGCAGAAAGGUUUGCUGAGGAGGACAAGCAAAAAAGAGAUGCCAUUGACACAAAGAAUCAGGCUGAUUCUGUUGUGUACCAGACAGAAAAGCAGCUAAAAGAGCUAGGGGACAAGGUUCCUGGUCCAGUGAAAGAGAAAGUUGAGGGAAAACUUCAAGAGCUCAAAGAUGCUAUCUCAGGGGGCUCAACACAAGCCAUGAAGGAUGCCAUGGCUGCCCUUAACCAGGAAGUGAUGCAGCUUGGUCAGUCCCUUUACAACCAACCAGGUGCAGCUGGUGGUGCUGGACCAGCUUCUGGGCCUGAUGCUGGGUCUUCAGAUUCGGGGAGCAAGGGACCUGAUGGAGAUGUUAUUGAUGCGGAUUUCACUGAUAGCAAAUGAGCAACAAGCAUGAUGGCCGGUAUUUUACCAAUUCAUAUGGGAAUUGGAUUUUGCAGGGGCAAUGGCCUUCACUACUAUAUUUUUGUUUUGAAUGGGAGUAGUAGACAAUUGGUUUUAGGAUUAUAGAGCAGUUAUUAUAGAUAAAUGAUGCUCCAAAAAUCUGUUAACUAUUGUUUGGAUUCAGCGUUAGAUUAACUUGGUAAAUAAGUGGUUUGAAGAAAAUGGAGAUCAUAUUCAUGUUCUAUGCGUUUUACCUGUAGUUGACUCUUCUACAGUUACUUGAGAGCAAGAAAGAUCAUGUUCUUCA